AUGAAGCUGGGCCGGGCGGCGCUGGGCCUCCUGCUCCUGGCGCCUUGGACGGUGCGGGCGGUGGAGCCCAUCAGCCUGGGCCUGGCCCUGGCCGGCGUCCUCACCGGCUACAUCUCCUACCCGCGCCUCUACUGCCUCUUCGCCGAGUGCUGCGGCCAAAAGCGGGCUCUCAGCCGCGAAGCGCUGCAGAAGGACCUGGACAGCAAGCUCUUCGGGCAGCAUCUCGCCAAGAAAAUCCUCCUGAAUGCUGUGUUUGGCUUCAUAAGCAACCCAAAGCCCAAGAAACCCCUCACCCUCUCUCUGCACGGCUGGACUGGCACUGGCAAAAAUUUUGUCAGCAAAAUCAUUGCGGAGAAUAUUUAUGAGGGUGGCCUGCACAGCAACUACGUCCACCUGUUUGUGGCCACCCUGCACUUCCCGCACGCUUCGAACAUUACCCUGUACAAGGAUCAGUUGCAGCAGUGGGUCCGAGGCAACGUGAGCGCCUGCGCGAGCUCGAUCUUCAUAUUUGACGAGAUGGAUAAGAUGCACGCUGGCCUCAUAGACGCCAUCAAACCUUUCCUAGACUACUACGACCUGGUGGAUGGCGUCUCUUAUCAGAAAGCCAUCUUCAUCUUCCUCAGCAAUGCCGGAGCCGAGCGGAUCACAGACGUGGCUCUGGACUUCUGGAGGAGUGGGAAGCAGAGGGAAGAAAUCAAGCUCAAGGACAUCGAGCACGCCUUGUCUGUGUCGGUCUUCAACAACAAGAACAGCGGCUUCUGGCACAGCAGCUUGAUCGACCGGAAUCUCAUCGAUUACUUUGUCCCCUUCCUCCCACUGGAGUACAAGCACUUGAAGAUGUGCAUCCGCGUGGAAAUGCAGUCUCGCGGUUAUGAGGUCGACGAGGACAUUGUGACCAAAGUGGCCGACGAGAUGACCUUUUCCCCCAAAGAGGAGAGGGUUUUCUCUGACAAAGGCUGCAAAACUGUGUACACCAAGUUAGACUACUACUACGAGGACGACUGAUGCCGCGGGCGGGAGCCUGUCUGCAGAAGCAGCAGCCGGACUGCAGCUGCCGCCCCGCCCGGGCCCUGGCAGGAACUCUCUGGGCACUGUUCUCACGGCUUGGAGUCUGCAGGCCCCUCCCGGCUCUGGACCCUGGGGCCGCCUCCAGAGCCUCAGAAGAAGGAGCCGGCCCCCCCCCAACCAGGACUUUUAAAAAAUCAUGUUUUAAUGGCAAUUGUUUCUGUUCCCAGGAAGGACGAGUUAAGUUUUACGGGAAAGAUAACAACUUUAUUUGCAAGGAUUUUUAACACUGAGGAACUGCUCAGACUCGCA